GGCAGCGCCCCAGAACGUGCCGAGCCGGGCGGCAGCGGGGCUGUGCUGGGCGCUGCUAUGGAAACCGGAGGGCUGGUGGGGCUGCUGCUGUCUUUACAGGAACCAUCUCCCCGCGAUGGUUAUCGUGUCCUGGGAGGAUGAAUCACUCAAACACCUGUGUCUCCACUGAAGGUUACUCAGCUGAUGAUGCCUGGAACCGGAGCAGAGAUCUGCGGGAACGGAGAGUACUUGCAUGAAUGUCACUGCUGCCUCUUGUGUCCGGCAGGUACUUACGUGGCCCAGCACUGCAGUGCUCCCCAUCUGCAAGGAAGAUGUGUCCCUUGCACCGAAGGAGAGAGUUAUACUGCCCAUGAGAACGGCUUGGAAGAAUGCUUGACGUGCACACAGUGCAAAGAUGAUCAGGUAACUCUGAGACCCUGUACUCUGACGCGUGAUACUGAAUGCCAAUGCAAACAAGGGUAUUUCUGCCCUGCCGAGGGCUGUGAAAUAUGUCAGAGAUGCAGUACAAUGUGUCCGGAAGGGAAAGAAAUUGUGCAGAAUUGCAAUGCUACUAUGGACCUAGGAUGUGGCUUACCCGAUCAAGGAAGCACAUAUCUUGUUUGGAUUAUUGUGAUUAUUUCGGUGGUUGUUGGUGGUUUGUUGCUGCUGCUUGUAAUUAGAAAGCUGAAGAGCAGUAAAGCUGCUUCACCUGAUAAAGAUGCAGAGAGAGGUCUGGAGUCUGAGGACAGUACUAAAAGCCUCAUUUUACCAGAAAUAGAGACAUCUGCAAAUGAGGCAGCCAACCCAGAGGGUGAGAACUCUGGUGAGAGCCCAGAGGGCCAAGCACAAGCCAACAUUAACUUGGAAGUAAAAAAUACAUCACCAGAGGAAAACAGUAUUGUGCUUUCUGAGUGGGGCACCAUCCUGCGUUGGGGUUGGAAGCACCACGUGGAAAGGUGCUGGAGGAAGAUCACUGAGUCUUCCCUACCUGUAAAAACUGGGCAGAACCCUGCUUUGUGUCAGAAUGACCCGUCCAAUAUACCGAGUGGUGGGGUGCCAGCAAAUCAUAUGGUACGAGAACCAAGGUGUCAAAUAAUUGUUAAAGAUCUCUGUCAGAAAGAACUGAGAGAUAGCUUUGUGGCCUUUAUAAAUGCAGUACCACUGAAAAAAUGGAAGCGGCUUAUGAGAACUCAUCUGCCAGAAAAUGAUAUUGAUAAAAUUAUUUAUGACUUUCCUAAUGAUAUAGAAGAGCAAUCUUAUCAGAUGCUUCUCAUCUGGAAAAACACACUGGGAGAGAAACAAUCUAUUAUUAAGUUACUGGAUGAGUUAAGGUAUCUAGAUACCAAGGCUUAUGAUAAUGUAUUGAACACUUUAAAAAGUAAUAACAUUAUAAGUAAACUGGAAGCUACAGAUUAAUGUUUACUGUGAACUUCAGAAAUGCCUACACAUUUCCUGUAAAUGAGGACGUCAACAAACUGCUCGUAAAAAUGAUGGCAUGGACUUGAUAUCCUCCUCACCUUCAUGCGGGGAGCUGGAAGUGAUUCAACGCCGUCGGUGUUAACACGGACUCCGGUUGUGAUGUUCACUAAGGUCUUUUGAGUUGUAUUAUAUUAAACUCGGGCGCUGGAUGCCAGCUUGAGAGCGAGGAGCUCCAGCUUGCUCUUCCCUUCGUGUGAGGCAGGGCCGUGCUGCUCGAGCCCGGGUGGUGGCAACCAGGGGGGCUGCUGCUGCUGUUUUGGGGAGGAUUGCAAGGCUUUGAUUUCCGAAACGGUCCCUGUUUUUGUGUUGCAUUGAUACGCUCGGAACUGUUAACGUUUGGAGCACAGCAAUAAAAGGACGGCUGAGCCACAA